UGUCCGCCAUACCCCGCUUGAGUUUGCAGUAGAGUACGCCAGGGCAACACGGCUGUAUUAUAUAACUUUAAUGUAGCCUACUACUGUAAUGGCGCAAGAGCAGAAUAUUGCGCCGCAGAUCUGUCGAUUCGUUGUGGAUUAAUCCUGAAAUCGCGAGCAAGUGACCGACCGAACACUUUUUCCACCUACCGGCGACGUGCGUUAAAAGUUAUCGACAGAUCGGCGAAACGGCGCACACGGUGGAUCUCGCCCCUCUUCAGCUAGGUCAGCGACUCUGUCGACUUUAAUUAUAAAAUAGUUGACAUUUCGGACGAUGUUUUCCUGCCACACCAGGAAACAGGUCGCAACAAAUACAUCUGAGAUUUGACCACGCAACAUCACUGCAAGAAAGAGGUUUUAUUUGAGGGCUUGACUGGGUGGACAUUGCGUUAUUUCUCACAUUUCCCCCCCAACUUGGAUUGACGGGACAUGACCUAACGAACGGAGCGCAUCCUUCGUUCACUACAGGAUAAAGAAAUGGAUCAGGGUGGAUUGAAGCGCAAUGGUAAUCGAGACAACAGCCUGACAUUUGGGGAGACAGGCAGAGAUACAGGUGACACAGCUGGUUCACUGCUCCAGUCUGCAAUGCACCUGCCUGGCCCAGCGUCUUUGCCCCAGCCCACAGUGGCCCCAAAUGGACGGGGUGGAACCAAAGACCAGGGGCAACUUGGAGGCCUUUUUGAGUCCCCUCAGCAUCCUGUCCUGUGUGAGGGGUCAGAUGUGGAGGAGGGUAAAAUCAUCAGAAUGCAGAAACAACAACAACAACAACAACAACAACAACAACAACAACACAACAACAACACCACCAGGAUAUCAGCAUAUUCAGCAUGGAGGACAACUUGUUGAAACAGAGUAUUUCUGGUGUCGACCGGAUGCCCACUUCUAUCAUCAAUACCUCUACCUCCUCCGUCCUGGGCAACCUCCCUCUGCCCAACCUUUUUGCCCAGCACAUCAAGCAGGAGGGGAAUUUUUCUCUGGAUAAAGACUUGGGAGCUUACAGUGGGAACACAGGCGCUGGUCCGUGUGAUUUGGAUGGCAACAGCAGUCGCCUAAUCGAUGAUACUGAGAUUUGGCAAGACCUGGACCUUUCUAGCUCUCUGCCAGAUAUAAGUGAUUUUGAGUUGGAUUCAGAAGUGGCACACUUGGAUAACAUUUUACACGACAGCAGGGGCAGUGGUGGUGCUGUCGGCGGCUUGCUAAAGGAAACAAAGUCUCACAUGGGUAACGGAGUAAGCAGUACCAGUCUGAAUGGCACAGACCAGCAGCAGCACCCCAUACACCAUCAGCAUCACCAUCAGCAGCAGCCCCACCACCUUCUUCAGCACCAGCAAAAUCAGCUUCAUCAUCAACAGGAGCCUGCAUCGCUUCUGUCCAGUGUCAUGAUCAAGGAAGAGAAAGAUCCUGACGAUUCUUUCAUCCACAUCCAUACUCCUGGUGUGGUCAAACAGGAGAAGCAGGAGAGCACUGAUUUCUGCCAGUCGCAGUGUCUUCAGAGCAGCCUGGCCGCUCUCCAUGGCACAGGCCCCAUGUCCUCGCCUAUGGGCGUCAGUGCAGGACCUGGCUACCAGUACAGAGCCAGCCCGUCCCCCACUGUGGGCCUGCAAGACCAGAAGCCUUUUGGCAUGUACUCAAACCUGCCUCUGGUGGGCGAGAGCUGGGCCGGGGGGAACAGGUAUGGAGAGUCGCCUGGAAUACAGAGGGGUGACGAUGGGCUCCCCACUGCUUUUACUCUCAGCUUUUCCAGAACAGGAGAGGCCAGCAGUUCUGCGGUGCCAGGCCAAACCAAACCCAGUGGGCAGACCCAUAAGAUCUGUUUGGUGUGUUCAGACGAGGCCUCGGGAUGCCACUACGGGGUUGUAACCUGCGGUAGCUGCAAAGUUUUCUUCAAGAGGGCUGUCGAAGGAUGGAGAGCACGACAAAACACAGAUGGCCAGCACAACUACCUGUGUGCAGGGAGAAAUGACUGCAUCAUCGAUAAAAUCCGGAGGAAGAAUUGCCCAGCCUGCCGCUUCAGGAAAUGUCUUCAAGCCGGAAUGAACUUGGAAGCAAGGAAAAACAAGAAGCUGAUCAAGAUGAAAGUGCAGCGGCCCAUUGGAUCAUCAGAGCCUAUCAGCAACAUGCCUGUUCCAGUCAUCCCCAGGUGCAUGCCCCAGCUUGUGCCCACCAUGCUGUCUGUGCUGAAGGCCAUCGAGCCAGAGAUCAUCUACUCGGGCUAUGACAGCACACUGCCUGACACCUCCUCACGACUCAUGACCACCCUCAACAGGCUGGGUGGGCAGCAGGUCAUCUCUGCAGUCAAGUGGGCCAAGUCACUGCCAGGCUUCCGCAACCUGCACCUGGAUGACCAGAUGACAUUGCUGCAGUGCUCCUGGCUCUUCCUCAUGUCCUUCAGUCUUGGUUGGAGGUCGUACGAGCAGUGUAACGGAAGCAUGCUCUGCUUCGCCCCUGAUCUCGUCAUCAACCAAGAGCGCAUGAAGCUGCCCUUCAUGAACGACCAGUGCGAGCAGAUGCUGAAGAUCUGUAAUGAGUUUGUCAGACUGCAGGUGUCCUAUGAUGAGUACCUGUGCAUGAAGGUCCUGUUACUGCUCAGUACAGUACCGAAAGAUGGCCUGAAGAGCCAGGCGGUGUUUGACGAGAUCAGGAUGACAUACAUCAAGGAGCUGGGAAAAGCCAUCGUCAAGAGAGAGGAGAACGCUAGUCAGAACUGGCAGCGCUUCUACCAGCUAACUAAGCUACUGGACUCCAUGCAGGAGAUGGUUGAGGGUCUUCUCCAGAUCUGUUUCUACACCUUUGUGAAUAAAACCCUCAGCGUGGAAUUCCCGGAGAUGCUGGCGGAGAUCAUCACCAACCAGAUACCAAAAUUCAAAGAUGGGAGCGUCAAGCCUCUGCUGUUUCAUCAGAAAUGACUGCCUUAAAACUGUGAAGCAAUGCCUUAAAUCCUGCCCUGCCCGUGUACCUCUCUGAGCCCCCAAGCUUUGGCCCCGAGCCCUAAGCCUUUGCUUGUCCUGCCUCCCCCAUCACUGAUUCGACUCCUCGGUUUUCCCCUGCACCCUCUAGGAAUUCUGCCACGUCCCUCGAAGGCCUCAGCCGUUCAGCUUAAUCCCGGAGCACAAUACCUGUGGUGUCACACCUCCUAAUCUGCUCCAAGGUUUGGCCAAACUACGGUAGGACACCCUAUCGCCAACCCUUAGCCCUUCUUCUUAACCAAGGAGAAAAUGUCUCGUGGGCAGGGUGCAUUUUGCAUCUGUUUUUUUGUUUUUUUCCGAGCCCCCUCCUCCGUCCACAGCCUUGUCCUCAGGUCUCUAAUGCUGUUUCUUUUGGUGGCAGCCUGCGUCUUACUCUCUCCUGCCUGCCUCCAGUGUUUCAUUGCUGUUUUCACUGACAGGCCAACACCUAGAAACACCUUUCCUCCCUCAACAUGACACCUAAUUGUUCAACUCUCCGGAUUAGCAACUUAUUGAAGCGCUCCCCAAGUUCAAGCCUACUGCUCACCAGCCCAGCUUGUCUCCGUUUGCCCUUCCCAGCUCCAAUGCGCAGAGAAUGUAGUGAGUGUUCGCUUGUUGUGGUUUCCAGAGGACUGGUGGCGAUGAAGGGGAUAAACAAAAACACAGAAAAAUUAGAAACAUACUCUGACAUGAUAGAAUCUUGUUUUUCUUGUGGACCCAAGGAGAUUGAGGGUGAACUAUUUUCCGCUGUGAAUCAGUUGUCUUUUCUGAAAUGUCGUAAAUCAGAUUUAUAUACCUGACCAAUGGAAGAAGAAAAAAAAACAGCUAAAGGAAUAUUCUUCAUUUAUUUUAUGCAGACACGCAUUUCUGACCAUACAUGCAAAAGUCACGCAUACACACAAACAUACAAAGUAUAUGAUGACACACAUUCACUCAGCAAAAUGUUUACACAGGAUGUACUGAGAAGGGAAAACCAGUGCCUUUUAGCUUUUACAGCUCUUCAUAGCCAUUCUCUAGAAACUGUUGUUUUUUUUGCACAAGAAUAUAACCUUGACAUCCUUUUUGAUUGACUGCUGUUUUAGUUUUUUCAUGCUGGCAAUUCCUGUUUUCUUUCCAAACUUCCAUUUGGCUGUUUCUAAUUUGGGCAGCUCUCUCCAUUCUGAUCCCCAGACAUGCACGUAAGAAACACAUAUGGUAUAGAUGAGAAAUGUGUGGAGCAGUGUGAAAUAAUAAGAUCUUAAUUUUGAGGGUCUUAAAAAGUUUGAGGAUCAUGUAAAAAACAAGUACAAGAAAAGAAACAAAAAUUUUGUUUGUUGUUUCACAUGUAAAGUAUAUCUGAUGAAUAUGCUGCAUCGCCCCCAAUCAGUCGAAUACUCAUCCAAAUACUUUCCCUCUAACAAGUUUGUGAAAAGCGGGAAACCGACUUUGUGCUAAAUGGACACCACUGGAAUUAAAAUAAGGCGUAUCUGCUGUGGGGUUUUUUAUAUUUAGCCGUAGAUUGACUGACUUAAAUAUUAGGGUUUAGGUGUUGGAAUAAUCAGUGAGUUGUUAAUUAGAACAAAUAUUCUAUGCAUCUUUUAUUCAGAUGCAAUCACACAAAUGGGGGUUUUAGAACUUAAUAGCCUUUAAAAAAAACAUCCAAGGUGUAAAGCCAUAAUCAUUCAAGCAAAAAACUGUCUUGAAGUCAAAAACAUCCAUUCAUCGCCAGCUGCAUUCAUACUGAGGUUCUAGUUUAGUACAUGGCUUCAUGCAACUUUAUUUUUUACAUGUGGUUUCAUGGAGCUCCUCUUGGAGUGACUAGCCAGACUGCCUGUUCCCACUUCAGAAAUCACAGCAAUGUCAAUUAGGAGUGGAACUAACUUCUGAUGUGUGUUGUAACCAAACAAUAGUACUAGACUGGUUGGAUUUUUUAAGAUAAGGUACAAUUAACACAGUAAGUGCUAGACAUUUCUCAAACCUAUAAACACAAUACUUUUUUGUUUACUGAUUCCAUCUUAAUUUUACAGACAUAUUUUCCAACAAUUAUCAUCACCAUGUAGUACUCCUGAUAGGUAAACAAAAAGCAUAUUAUUUGUGACAAAAUUAUUGACAAAAAAAAAAUACCAUUUUAGAUUAAAUAUACCCUUUAAUCAGCUUUGUCUUAAAGUGUUUGCACAAACAGGAACUGGUGUUGAGCUCAUCAUGGGCUGAAAAUGUUUGUUUUGUACAUGACAUGUGAAAAUAGAGACACGUAUAUAGGAUGGAGCCUCAGUUUUCUCAAUAGGAUUUCACCCUUAACAUUGAAAUAUUUUUGGAAGGAGGUGCAGUUUUGUCCAAAUAAUUAGAGAAUCAAAGCUCAGGCUAUGAGUGACUACAUCACUUGGAUGUGUUCCACUAGUGCCAAAUGUAAUAGCAGGUUUUUACUGUAUAUGUCUUUUCCUGGAGAUGUGAAGAAGGGUGAUUAUUCAGUUGGCAUUCCACAUUAUGUGGUUUUUGUAACUUUUGCUCGAGGGUGCUCAUUUGUGAGAAAGAUCAUAGUGUCGUGUCACCCCUACACCAGCCUAAAAGCACUGAUUGUUAUCAUCCAAUUAAGUGUAUGAUACCUCUUUUUCCAGAGAUGCACAAAAUAUUGUAUUUUUAGAACUGCAAGGAAGCAGUAAUGCCUACUGCUGUCAAACAAGGUGGUGGUCAGCAUUCGGUACACCUGUAAUGUAAAAACAUGUUCGUACCAGCUUAUGUGACGGCCAAAGCAAAAAUACAUUGACAGCGCAUUUGAACAUUGGCUUCUGCUGGAAGCGCAAACACAACGCUCCCCCCUUUCAGCAGACAUGGCUCUAUUUUCCUCAGUGUUUCUUCACCUUUCUACUGCCAGGCCUCUCUGCCUAUAAUGUCAACCGUACAGAUUUUCAGCUGUUCACUCUCAACGGUACUUUUCCCUCUCCAGCGCAUUAACUCUGAAUGGCAGUUAACAGACCAGGUAGCAGGUUGCCAUAGAGACCGGUUAUUUGUGUAUUGCUUACAGCUAACAGCCCGGCAGGAUGCAUACAAGCCACUAUUCAAUAAAAGGCAUCAUGCUUUUAAUCAGCCAUUCUGUCGAAGGGUGGGCGCUCACAGCGGGGUAAUUUCAUGUACAGUGUAGGCUUUCAGCUUCACCCGCUAACAUGGGCUCGAUGCCGCUCAUUGACUAAACAGUCCAUUUGUUUGGGUGACUUUUGCCUACAGUAUUACAUUUGUUUCCAGGUGGCGGUGCUUCAGAAAACCAGCUUUAACGUGUAGAUGUAACCAUAUUCCUGCUAAUUUCUAAAUGGCCAUAGGUGUAUAUAGCAGCGCCAACAUAGCCAGUGCAAUGUAAACAGUAUCUAUUAUUACAAAAUAUUUUUACAUGGACAUAACAUCUAUACUCCUCAUACUACAUUUUACCUUUCAACUUCAUGUUUGACUAAAGGCCUUGCGAAAGGGAGACAGAGAGCCAUAGAAAUAAGAUUUCAAAUCAGGAAAUAGAUAAACCCUUAAAAAAUAUCAAUGCUUUUGGAGAUGAAUCUAUUAUGUAAAAAAAAAAAAAAAAAAAAAGACUAUUUUCUGCGAUUUUGAAUACAUCUGCAAGAUCCUCUUUGAUAUGAAUAACUUUAUCCAAUCCUUUUUGUACAUUGAACGAGUCAAGAAAGUAAAUAUUUUUCUGUUUGUUGGUUUGUGUUUGAUAAAGGUAGACGUGUUGAAUACAUUAGCAAGUGUUAAACAUGUUUGUCUCGUGAAGUAAAUGUAAAUUCUACACGUCAAUGGGAAAGUCUACCUGAAUGCUCACUGUGUUUUAAAGUUAUAGGGAAGCGAGGGGGAAAGGAGGGAGGAACGGGAGGUGAGAGAGACUGGAAGAGGUUUUUGCAUUGUAAAAGAGUGACCAAAGCAGAGAAGAAAAAAAAUUAACAAACAGAAGUAUUCAAGCAGUUACACUUUAAGUAGUACUUACUAUCCAACUUCUAGUACUUAUUAUUUUAUUUGAAAGGUAUCUUUUUUUAAAAUCAGGCUUUGGUUCCCAUGUAUAUUGCUUUGAGGAUUUACUGGUCACUUUAAAAUAGAAAAUGAGAUAUAAAAAAAGUUGAAUCUCCAUGUAAAAGUAAAUCUACCAGAGCCUGACGCAAUUGCACUACCCUCAUACUGGUUGAUAAAGUCUAUUUUGUAUAAAAUACAUGCAAAUAUUAAAAUAUUAAUAUUGUUUAAAGAUAAAGGGCAGAUCAUGUUUCACUGGUACAUAUGGCGAUGGCUUUCACUGAAGUCUGUUUUGUUCGUAUUUCAGUUAUGUAAAUGUAAUCCAAUGUAAAGACAAACAAAAAAUAUAUAAAAUGUUUGUUUAAAAAAACAAGAGUUUGUUUCACGCAUUACACCUCUUCUGUAGUCAGUGUCGAUAUUUUCACCUAUUUGAUUAAAUGUUGAAUUAAGUUAUCUGUGUUGUUCUUUGACAUAGGAUUUGGCUUCGAGUUGAUAACAACCUGGAUGAUGAUUUUUGUCAUCACUGGUUGAAAGUGGAAAUUCAGAAAAACUGAUUUAUUUCAAACAUCUUAGACAAUAAAAUUUCCUGUUUUUCA